AUGAUAAACAGAUAUGGUGGACAUUGUCUUAAGGUGGCUGUGCUGCGUGUCGAAAAGCUGAACCAAACAGAGUGUGAAGACACUCAACGUUGUGAGAUUUUUCUAAUUCAGCAAGCAGCAAAUAAGAUAUCGUGUCCAGGAAUUCAACACUUCAAUACUUUAGCAAGGUCUCCUGUAGAGUGGUACCAGAACGGGAAAUUAGUUGAAGAAUAUCUUGCACGAAUUUCUCUCGAGAUAAGAAGUGACCAAAUUUAUUUAAAUUCUGUAUAUAAAGAAGAUUCUGGCAAUUAUACGUGUCAAUUUAAAUUCUAUGAAAAUCAAAUCCCAUGGCUUGUGAAAAGGACAUUUCCUGUGAAUGUUAUAGUUGCUGACACAAACAAACCUCCAAUUACCAUUGACCCGCAUGGAGUAAAAAUAAUCGAAGUCGUGCUUGGUAGUCCUGUGCAAUUAAUGUGCCAAGUUUAUUUUGGUUAUGAAAGGAAUUUUUCACCUGUUAUAAAAUGGUUAAUAAAUGAUGGCGAGAUGGAAAAUAUGGGAAUCCAGAAAGAAAAUGUUCUCUUAACAAAGACAGCUGAAGGAUUUACAUUCAUUCGGGAAGCAAACCUAAAAAAAGUUACCAAAGAAGACUUUAACACCAACUUCACCUGCUUCUCACAGAAUUCCCAGGGAAAUUCAUCUGGUGUGAUUAGGCUCAAAGAGAAAGGAGUGCAAAAUCAGAAAUCCCACUCAAUGGCUGGUUUGAAAGUCCGUAAAGUGUCAACGGAUAUUACCUUAUUAACAGGUUUUCUAUUGAAAACUGGAUCACUGUCUACCAUCUUUCAAAUAAAAGUGAUAACUAUAUCUACAUCAUUAAUAUUCAUGUCGAUUGUUUCUGGAUGCGUUGGAAUAUAUAAAUUUUGGAUUGAAAUUGUUCUCCUUUACCGACAUUAUUACUCAAAGGAUGAAACUAUUGGAGAUGGGAAAGAAUUUGACGCCUUUGUUUCGUAUGCGAGUUCGUGUUCAUCAGGAGAUGAUGUUAAGAGUGAUGGCUAUUUUAUUACAGAGGAGAGGUUUGCCCUGGAACUGCUUCCUAGCAUGUUAGAGAAGCAGCAUGGUUACAAGCUGUGUCUGUUUGAGCGAGAUAUCCUGCCUGGAGGAGUUUAUACAGAAGAUGUCAUUUCAAGCAUAAAGAGAAGCAGAAGAGUAAUAAUUGUCCUAAGCCCAAGUUACUUUGCUUCAGCUGGAUCGAGGCUGUUUGAACUGCAGACAGGAGUCAACAGCAUGCUCGAUAAUUUCAAAACCAAGGUGAUUUUGAUUAACUUCCAUGUCCUACCCGAUGUAUCGCACCUUCCGGACAAUGUCAAACGGGCCAUUGCAGUAUUGCCAGGGAUAACGUGGAAAGGAAACAAGUCUUCUCCUCCAUCCUCAAAAUUCUGGAAGAUGCUCAGGUACUAUAUGCCAGUGAAAAAGAAUGAAUUAUGCAAGACCCGUCAAAACAUCGAACCUACAACAGUACAGCACAAGGAC